UGUCGCCCUUUGUUGCGCCUUUCACUUGCGCCUUUCACUCGCGACAUGCUUCGCCAACCCUGCCGCUCAUGAACCUCCCGCUUAUCGACCCGGCUGUGCUGGCACAGGAUACGCCCGAGGCCCUGAUUGGCAAGCUACACAGCGGGCACUCGACAUGCAUGCGCUUCAACCAUCGCGGCGACUACCUCGCCUCUGGAAGGGCUGACGGCGCUGUCGUCAUCUUCGACCUCGAGACCAAUGGUGUCGCGCGCAAGCUCACCGGCCACACGCGCCAGGUUCAGUCGCUGAGCUGGUCGGCCAACGAUCGAUACCUGCUGAGUGCAUCGCAAGACUGGAGAUGUGUGCUUUGGGACUUGAAGGACGGCAAGCGCAUACGGACCGUCAGGUUAAGCGCGCCCGUCUUCAUCGCUGAGCUUCAUCCCAAAAAUCACCUUAUGUUUGUCGCGGCGCUGUUUGAAGAUCAGCCCGUGCUGGUCGACAUGGCCAACGAGAUCCCCAAGAAGCGAGUCCUCCCUUCCGCGCCCCGGCGGUCGCAGAUUGAGCGCGACAAUGCGACGGAGCGACAAACUGCCCAGGACGCCAAGCAAACAAGCACCGUCACCGUCUUUACGCCUACAGGAGACUACAUAUUGGCAGGAACGAGCAAAGGCUGGCUCAACAUCAUCGAUACCCGGGCCUGCGACAUUCGCUACUCGACGCGCCUCUCAAACAACCUUGUGAUCUUCAUUCGCUUGACCGCCUCAGGCCGCGAUAUGGUCGUAAAUUGUAGUGAUCGCAUUAUCCGCACUUUCCAAUUGCCCGAGCUCACCGAUCCGAAGCUCGACUUUGACAGUAUGACGCUAACUCCGCAAUAUAAAUUUCAAGACCUGGUCAAUCGCCUUUCCUGGAAUCACGUAUGCUUCAGCAGCACGGGCGAAUAUGUCACAGCAUCCACCUACAUGAACCAUGACAUAUAUGUGUGGGAGCGGGGCAGAGGAAGUCUGAGCAAAAUUUUGGAAGCCAAGGAAGAGAUUGCAGUCGUGGAAUGGCACCCGCACCGGCCCUUCGUGGCAGCUGGCGGCAUCGAGUCGGGACGCAUCUACCUCUGGUCAAUUGUGACGCCGCAGCGGUGGUCAGCGCUGGCGCCUGACUUCGCCGAGGUGGAAGAGAAUGUCGAGUACGUGGAACGUGAGGAUGAGUUCGACAUCCAGCCGCUUGAGGAACUGCACAAGCGGCGACUUGAUCUCGAGGAUGAGGAUGUCGACGUUUUAACGAUUGAGCCUGGCAAGACUGAGUUUGAGCCAGCUGAGUUUCGCAUGCCUAUCGUGCUCGACGUGGGCGUGAGCGAUAGUGAGGACGAGGAGAUUAUGGUCGGCACCGGCCAGUACCGCAGGAAGAGCCCUGGUGCGGGUAAGGAUUGGAUGAAUGGCGAGGGCAGCGGGGACGAGAAGAAAGGCGGGGCGCCGCGGACCCAGAGCGCGGCCAGCAAAAGGCGCAGGGCGGAUUGAGUUGUGCAUGGAAUUGGCGUUUGAGGGGAUAGGGAUCUGUUGUUUUGGUUUUGCCCUAAGCUUGGUGGGAACUACUCUAAGCCUGGGAGGAUGGCUCGGGGAUUUUGAUAUCACGAAACCCAUUAUGAAUAACCUUUCUCUG